AUGACACACCUACUAUCAUUAUCAGAAACUGAUAUCAUUGUUUUCUAUUUUGAGACUGAAACAGUGCUGAUCAAACCAGUUAAGAUGGUUUUCAUGGUGCAGUUAGUUAUUAUGUGUUACGUUUCUAACAUAAAACUCAGUUUUUCUUCGAAAUAGAGUCCUAGGUUGAAUUUUUCAGUCAGCAAGAAAAACAGUUGAAGUGUAGUGUGAUACAGAUUUGCAGAAUACAGUUAAACUGAGAACUCAGUUCUGUAGAAUACUAAACAUAUAGUUCUAUUGUGGUUCUGCUCCCCGAUUUAUAGACAUUAUUCAUAAUUCUGGGAUAUUUUCAUAAAAUCAAUUGAAAGAUUGUUGGGUUCUGUUCACAUGCUUUGAAUAAUUUUAAUUGUCAGAACCUUCUUCUGUUUUAUUUGUUAAUAUUACCAAACACAUAGUGCGAGUGCUUGAUUGUUGACACAAAUUAUCAUUUAUAAAACAUUGAUAUGACAUGUUAGAUGGCUUCAAAUUGAUAUAAAAAGUGCAAUAUUAAUGUUAAUAUGGAUUGUACUAUGAUACAGAUUUGAGAAAACAUUCAGCCUCUACUGAGUUCUUAAUUCUGAAGAAUAUGGACCAUGAAGUUUACUUUGUUAAAAUAAUGUGACUCAUAGGGUGAUUUCGUUCUGUUGUUUCUUCAAUAGAUAUUGACCAUUAUAAAUUAUUGAGUUUGUAGACACAAAUAACUCGUACACAAAAAAUGAAACGAAUGAUAAAUAACAAUGUUUUUGUUCGCUGCUAACAAAUUAUCAUAUGAACAGCCAUAAAACAACAUGUUUGACAAGAUAAAUGAGGGAGUGAACAAGUUGAAACACAGUGAUAUGCCAGAAAGUGCCAAACCUCAUUGCUCGACAACAAAGUGAACCGAUUAUUCAACUACCCGAUAACCAUGAGUGAAUAAGCUUAAACCAUAGAGUAAAAAUACCGUUUAAACCUAGAUUAUUUGUCUUUGUUUAAACACAGUGAUAUGCCAGUAAGUGGCCAAACCUCAUUGCUCGACAACAAAGUGAACCGUUUAUUCAACUACCCGAUAACCAUGAGUGAACAAGCUUAAACCAUAGAGUGAAGAUACCGUUUAAACCUAGAUUAUUUGUCUCUGUUUAAACACAGUGAUAUGCCAGUAAGUGGCCAAACCUCAUUGCUCGACAACAAGGUUAACCGACUUUUCAACUACCCGCUAACCAUCAGACAACAGAUCUGGUUGCACUACAUCCUACCCGCACUUACUGCCAGCACCAUCUGCACCCUAAACCUAGGUUGCGACCUGGGCGUGGCACUGAUGCUCCUAAACCACCGGAAGCUCUUCGCCGGUGGUCUAGCAACACUCACCCUCAUGUACCUCCCGGCCGCCGUUUUGUAUUUGAGACAGAUUUCCGAGCCUCCCGCCGACAACAGUUUCAAAACACGAGCGAAAUGGAUAACGGCCGAAACUGGUUACCUUGUUGUGUUCCCGUUGAGACUGGUGCGCCACUGGACAACAAAACUAUUCUGGGUGAUAGAGAUACUCAGGGAUGUUGAAAACAACGAGGAAAACCUGCGCAACUAUGAAGCAAGUAGCACUGAACCAGCACUGACCUACAUGUUUGCCAUGAUAUUUCUCCAAAACAUUCCUCAGGCAAUUCUACAAAUCUAUCUGCUGGCGAGAGGAACAGCCAACAGCACUGCAAUAAACACGGCACAAUGCAUCUGCGCCUUCGUUUCACUUGUAGCUGGCAGUGUGGGCGUAGCCGCCUACCACCGCUACGAGAGCCAAGUGGUGGGGGGCCGACCACCAGUGUGGCCAACCACACAAACCAAAAACCACAACCUAUCCGGCUGCCAGUCGCAACCACUGGUACCAACCCAACAGAGUUGGAAAAAAGGACUGGAAGAGGAUACUGCCGUCGGGAAAUGUUUCCUGACAUUGUUUUGGUUUUUGUUCUUGUUGGGACGUGCAUUAGCUGUGGGGAUUAUGUUCAGAUUUUACCCGAAAAUCUGUAUACUAGUUUUAAACCUACAUGUGAUCAUUUUCUACCUAUAUUAUUCGACAUACUCAUCAGUGAAUAUUUUCAACAAGAUAUUUCUAGCCUGCACGUCAACGGUGAUGAUACUCGAGGUGGGGAUAAACUUUAACCGCACUGUUUAUCUAUACAUGUUGUUCAUAGUGUCGAGUGUGGUUGAAAAUGUGGGGUUCACGAUAAUGUGGUAUGUGUGGGGGGGUUGGCGGGGGAGGUGGUUCAACUAUGCCGCCUACGCUGCCAUCAACUGUCACCUGUUCGCUCUAAUAGUGUUCGCAUACUAUAUGGCCUUUAAACAGCCGAGGACUGUUCAUGUACGCAACAAUUUGAAUGCUAGUUGAACACUUCCGGAGGUGAAUAAAUAGCAGAAGCGGAGAUUGAGGAACAGUUCUGAGUGAAUUCCAGAGGUGAGUGGAGCAGCAGAUGUGGAGUGAAGCGAAGAUUGAAGAACAUUCCUUAGUGCCGGUU